AUGAUUCAGGGCAUAUUCUAUGCGAGGUUUCUGCCUCAGGAAGGUACCAAAAUUGUGGCCCAGUCACCUCCAGGCUGCAUCGUGGCCUCUCAGUUCUCGCUGGAUGCAAAGCCACCGCUUGUUGACUUUGACAUCAUCCAAGAGUACAUCAUACCCCGAAAGGCCUUUUUUAAUUGUUUUAUGACGGUCAAUACGCCAGACAACAAAUAUACCCUUUUGGGAUUCCCCGUGUCCAUCCAGGAUGAGCGAUAUUCUAGGAAUGAGUUCAUCUUCAACUUUGGUCUGGUGGUUGAAUCUGACUGCGACGUGAUACCCUAUGAGAGGUUGGUCAGGAGACUAGCUACCACAUUCGCCGAGAUGGAGAAACAAGGUGGUUAUUUGAGCUCCGAAGGCAAAGUAGUCAAUGACGGACGCCGGCCCAUCGAGAGCUUGCUGGAGAUUGUGAAGGAAGACCUCAACAACUAUGGAGAAUGCAUGAUUCCAGUCGACGAGGCCAACACUAUCAACAUGAAGUUGUUCCCAUAUCAUCCGCCGCCGCCGGCGGUGCGUGGAUGGCAUGUCCCAGUCCCCAAGAUGAAGCUCAUGGAAAUUGUGGAUGCCACUUGGGACCUGACCCUACAAAAGCUGAUUCCACACAUUGACGGCGUCAACGAUGUUCGGCGAAUCGCCUGGCUUGCCGAUGUGUCCUUGCCUCUGACACAGACAGCCUUGCAACACCUCUUAUACUAUGAUACCAUACUCCUUCUGGAUAUGUUCUUCUUUAGUGCCUGCUAUGCCCCGCGCCCUGCAAUCCACGACUUUAUUUCAAACAGAGACGGUCUAGUAGAUGAGUGUGCUAGCUACGUAUGUAUUGGCGGCCUCUCUGCAGGUGAUACGAUUCCUACCUCGGCAGAUACAUCCACCGGUACAGUGCCAGGAGCUUCCGGUAGCAAGGCUACCGGCAGCACAUCUGGCAGGAAAACAAACUUGAGCUCUUCCGCAAUCUUGUCUUCGCAGCGAGUCUCCAACUACCAGCUGAUCAAACUCAUGACCACAUUCUGCGUGGGCCGGUCCGUUAUGGAGUGGAUCAAACUGCACACGGACGGCGGAUUUCCCGUCCUGAACCUCAUCGACGUGCGACGCCUGGUCCAAUUUGGAGUCAUCAAAGGACUACUGUAUCGUUUGCAGAAAUAUGUUGUUUCCAAGCAGUAUCUCGCUCUGCUUGUUACAGGGCAAGCAAAGCCCUUGCGCGACAGCAAGCGGACAGGAGUGAAACCCGGGAGUCUAGGUGGAGAAGAGAAUGGGGAAAACCAACAUGUUGGCAUCAUUGGCGGUGAUCCAUUGCAAAAGUAUACAGAUGGAUGUCAUUCUUUUGACCAGAUUAUUACUGAGCAAAAUAUGACGUCCCAGGAGAUUGUUGACAAACUCAAGAGCAUACCGGCUCCUGUGGGUGAUCUCACAGUCUUUCAUCGGUAG